GGUUAGAGAGUUUUAGGACCCAGGACUCCUGGGUUCCAGAGACGAUCCCCUGUCCCCAGCCACAAGUGGGGAGGAGGGUGCUGGUGCAAGGAAGUCCCCGUUGUCUGGUUGGGUGGGUGGCCCCACCCCGUCCCCCUGUCAAGCUGGAGUCCCUGAAGCGCUGGAAUGAGGAGAGGGUGGUGUGGUGUGAGAAGGGGGUUCAGAUCCUCCUCACCACCGUCGGGGCCUUCGCAGCCUUCGGCCUCAUGACCAUCGCCAUUGGCACCGACUACUGGCUCUACGCCCGCGCCUUCAUCUGUAACACCACCAACAUCUCCAGUGAGGAAAUGCCCCACAAGGACAAGAAGGACCCAGGGGGCCUCACCCACUCUGGCCUCUGGAGGAUAUGCUGCCUGGAAGGCCUGAAGAGGGGUGUGUGCGUGAAAAUUAACCACUUCCCCGAGGACACAGAUUACGACCACGACAGCGCAGAGUAUCUCCUGCGUGUGGUCCGCGCCUCCAGCAUCUUCCCGAUCCUCAGCGCCCUCCUGCUGCUGCUGGGGGGGUUCUGCGUGGCCGCCAGCCGGGUCUACAAGUCCAAGCGCAACAUCAUCCUGGGCGCCGGGAUCCUAUUCGUCGCUGCUGGCCUCAGCAACAUCAUCGGGGUGAUUGUGUACAUCUCAGCCAACGCCGGGGACCCGGGCACCAAGCGGGAUGACGAGAAGAAAAGCCACUACUCCUACGGCUGGUCCUUCUACUUCGGGGGCCUGUCCUUCAUCCUGGCCGAGAUGAUCGGGGUGCUGGCUGUCAACAUCUACAUCGAGAAGAACCGGGAGGCCCACUGCAAGAGCCGCACCGAGCUGCUGAAGAACCCCUCGUCCUCCAACGCCAUCCUGCGCCUGCCCAGCUACCGUUUCCGCUACCGGCGCCGUUCCCGCUCCAGCUCGCGCUCCACCGAGCCCUCGCAGUCGCGGGACACCUCGCCCGUGGGCCUCAAGGGCUUCCCCUCCACCGACAUCUCCAUGUACACCCUCUCGCGGGACCCCUCCAAGGCCAACGUUAGCAGCCUCUACGGGGCCGAGCGGGAGGGGGCCGGCGGGGGCUUCCUGCAGCUCCACAACACCUUCCCCAAGGACCCCGGCGUGACAGUGACGGUGACAGGGCCCGGCGCAGCCGGCGCCACCGGCACCUUGGGCAAGGAUGCCUCCUCCAACACCAACACGCUCAACCGGAAGACCACACCCGUUUAGGGCAGCCGGGUGGGGGGCUAGUGCCGGGGGAUGGGGCCAAGGGAUGCAGCGGCCGUGGGGAGCUGUGGCGCAA